GAAGUGUGUUAUUAGCUUAAAUAAUAAAAGUUCAAAAGGAAAACAGAGUUACGGUGUGUGCGUGUGCGUAGUGCCAACAAUACAAACGCAACAACCAACACAAGCGCACAGCUAGUUUUCAAGGAAAAUAACGAAAGCAACAGCGAUAAAUAUACCAAACUAAAAAACCACAACAACGAAGAGUCUCAAAAAGUGCUGGAAAAACUCGCGAUAAGAAAUUAUAACAAGAAAAAAACGGAAAAACAGGAACCUACACAUCGACAGAUAUUUUUGAUGUUGUGAUUUUGAAUGCUGCUGCAUUUUGAAAUCCGGCGACAAAAUGGUUUCGUUAAUUGAUACAAUCGAAGCGGCAGCCGCGAAACAGAAGCAAUCGGUGGCCACCAACUCCUCCUCCCCCACUUCCUCCUCGUACUCCUCCUCACCAUCUUCGUCAUCUGGAUCCCCAUCUUCGGCUGCCCCAAAAUCCAAUCUCACGGCCAGUGGAAAACCAAAGGAGAAACGAAGGAACAAUGAAAAGCGCAAGGAAAAAUCCCGCGAUGCGGCCAGAUGUCGUCGCUCCAAGGAGACGGAGAUAUUCAUGGAACUCUCGGCUUCUUUGCCAUUGAAAACCGACGAUGUCAAUCAACUGGACAAGGCCUCCGUGAUGAGAAUGACCAUUGCGUUCCUGAAGAUUCGUGAGAUGCUAAGUUUGGUGGUGCCCAGUUUGCGUGACUGCAAUGAUGCCAUCAAGCAGGACAUAGAAUCUGUGGAGGAUCAGCAGGAGGUCAAGCCCAAGCUGGAAAUGGGCAGCGAGGACUGGUUUAAUGGAGCCGAGGCCAGAGAGCUCUUGAAGCACACCAUGGAUGGAUUCCUGCUGGUACUGUCCCACGAGGGCGACAUCACCUAUGUGUGAAAUGUAGUCGAGUAUCUGGGCAUUACCAAGAUUGACACUCUGGGCCAGCAGAUCUGGGAGUACUCGCACCAGUGCGACCACGCCGAGAUCAAGGAGGCCCUCAGCCUGAAGCGUGAGAUUGCCGAGAAGGUCAAGAAUGAGCCGCAGCAGGAAUCCGGAGUGAGCACCCAUCACCGGGACCUCUUUGUGCGCUUGAAGUGCACUCUGACCAAUCGCGGACGCAGCAUCAACAUCAAGAGUGCCUCUUAUAAGGUCAUUCACAUCACUGGACACUUGGUGGUCAAUGCCAAGGGCGAGCGCCUGCUGCUGGCUAUUGGCCGACCCAUUCCGCAUCCUUCGAACAUUGAGAUACCUUUGGGAACCAGCACCUUCCUAACCAAACACUCCCUGGAUAUGCGUUUCACCUAUGUGGACGACAAGAUGCAUGGCUUGUUGGGAUACUCGCCCAAGGAUCUGCUCGACACUUCCUUGUAUGUAUGCCAUCAUGGAGCUGAUUCGGAACGCCUGAUGGCCACCUUCAAGAGCGUGCUGAGCAAGGGACAGGGGGAAACCGCUCGUUACCGAUUUCUGGGAAAAUAUGGUGGCUUCUGCUGGAUUCUUAGCCAGGCCACGAUCGUCUAUGAUAAACUGAAGCCCCAGAGCGUCGUUUGCGUUAACUACGUCAUAAGUAAUCUUGAGAAUAAACAUGAGAUAUACUCACUCGCUCAACAAACGGCGGCAAGUGAGCAAAAGGAACUACAACAACCAGCUGAAACCGAGAAGGAGCCAGAGAAAUCAGCCGUAGAUCCAGAAAUAAUCCUGCGGGAAUCCAAGGAAACAGAAAAUAAACCCAUACCCAUUGAGGUCGAAGAUAAACCUCUGGAAAUUGAGAGCAAGGAAGCGGAGAAAAUAGCUUUACCAGAAACCAGAAAAGUAGCUGCAAUAAACAACAACCCACCAGUAAUCGAUCAGAUAAGGCAACUGAGCAACGAGAGCAAUCCUUUAAAGCAGAUCCUGCAGGCGGAGUUCCUGAUCAAGCGGGAGAAUCACUCGCCAGGACCGCGAACCAUUACCGCCCAGCUGCUCAGCGGGGGAAGUAACAGCGGAUUGCGUCACGAGGAGAAGCGUCCCAAGUCGGUGACCGCUUCCGUCUUCCGUCCGAGUUCUGCUCCACCUUUGACCCCAACCCCAGUAGCAACCCCACCGCCACCGCCCGCAGUAGCAGCGGUCCUCUGCAAGAAGAAUCCACUUCACUCCGUGGAGCCCUCGCUGCCGCCCACAACCACCGCCACGGCAGCCAUAAUCUCCUCGAGCAAUCAGCAGUUGCAGAUCCCACAGCCCAGUCAUCUGCAAAAUACCCAGCAACCAGCUCAAGAUAUGAAUAAAGGAUUCUGCUCGCUCUUUGCUGACGAUGGACGAGGUCUGACAAUGCUUAAGGAAGAACCCGAUGAUUUGUCCCACCACCUGGCCUCCACCAACUGCAUCCAGCUGGACGAGAUGACGCCCUUCAGUGACAUGUUGGUCGGCCUCAUGGGCUCCUGUCUGCUGCCCGAGGACAUCAAUUCCCUGGACUCGACCACCUGCUCCACGACGGCCAGUGGCCAGCACUACCAGAGUCCCAACAGCAGCAGCACCAGCAGCAGCAGCAAUACUGCAGCAACCAGCAAUACCAGUAGCAGUAGCAACAGCUAUGCCAACAGUCCGCUCAGCCCACUCACACCUACGCCCACUGAAAGGAAUACCAGUCAUCAGCAGCAGCAGCAACACCAGCAGCAACACAACCAGCAGCAGCAGCAGCAACACCAGCAGCAGCAACAUCAUGCCCAGCACCACGACAACAGCAACAGCAGCAGCAAUAUUGAUCCCCUGUUCAACUACCGCGAGGAGUCGAACGACACAAGUUGCUCGCAGCACUUGCAUUCGCCCAGCAUCACCUCAAAGAGUCCCGAGGACAGUAGCCUGCCAUCGCUGUGCAGUCCCAAUUCGCUGACCCAGGAGGACGAGUUCUCCUUCGAGGACUUUGCCAUGCGUGCUCCCUAUAUCCCCAUCGAUGAUGAUAUGCCCCUGCUGACGGAGACGGAUCUCAUGUGGUGUCCACCAGAGGAUCUGCAGGCCAUGGUGCCCAAGGAGAUCGAUGCCAUACAGCAGCAGUUGCAACAGUUGCAGCAGCAACAUCAUCAGCAGUACGCCACCAGCAAUACUGGCUACCAGCAGCAGCAGCAGCAACAACAGCAGCAGCAGCAACACCAGCAGCAGCAUUUCUCCAACUCACUGUGCUCAUCGCCAGCCUCAACGGUCUCGUCAUUGUCGCCAUCGCCGGUGCAACAGCAGCAUCAGCAGCAGCAACAGGCGGCGGUCUUCACCAGCGAUUCCAGCGAACUGGGCUUGCUGUGCGGAUCCGGAAACGGAACCCUUUCGAUUCUGGGUGGAAGUGGAGUUACCGUUGCGGAGGAGUGCAACGAGCGACUCCAGCAGCAACAUCAUCAUCAGCAGCAGCAGCAGCAACAAAAUAGCAACGAGUUCAGGACCUUCCAGCAAUUGCAGCAGGAGUUGCAAUUGCAGGAGGAGCAGCAGCAGCGACAGCAGCGCCAGCAUCAGCUGCAACAGCAGCAGCAGCAACAACAGCAGAUACUGAGCCUCAGCAUCGAGUGCAAAAAAGAAAAAUACGAUGUGCAAAUGGGAGCCAGUUUAUGCCAUCCCAUGGAGGAUGCAUUUGAGAAUGACUACAGCAAGGACUCCACAAACCUGGAUUGCUGGGUGCUGCAGAUGCAGGUGGCGGAGGCGGCUCCCGUGAGUCCCACUCAAGCCUCAUCGCGCCCCUGCAAGGUGACCACCAUCCAGUUGCUCCAACAGCAGCAGCAGCAAUUGCAGCAGCAGCAGCAGCAGAACAUCAUCCUAAAUGCAGUGCCAUUGAUUACCAUACAGAACAACAAGGGAUUGAUGCAGCAGCAGCCAGAGCAGCUGCAGCAGCCCACUUUAAAGCUGCUGAAUGGAGCCACUGCGCCGGUGACCACCAAGGCCACCAUUCCUGUGGAGAGCAAGCCGGCCACCACGACGCCACCCCGAGUGGCCAAGGUGAACCUCGUCCCCCAGCAGCAGCAGCAUGGAAACAAGCGACACCUAAAUAGUGCGACAGGCGGCAAUCCCGUGGAGUCGAAGCGCCUGAAGAGCGGCACCCUCUGCCUGGAUGUCCAGUCCCCGCAGCUCCUGCAGCAGCUGAUUGGCAAAGAUCCUGCCCAGCAGCAGACCCAAGCAGCCAAGCGAGCGGGAAGCGACCGGUGGCAACAAUCUUCGGAGAACAAGCAGCAGAAGCAGCAGCAACAGCAGUCCAACUCGGUCCUGAAGAACCUGCUGGUCAGCGGACGCGAUGGUAGCGAAUCGGAACCCAUGAUGAUCGAUGAUGACAACUCCCUGGAGCAGCAGGGAAGUCCUCUGGGCAAAUAUGGUUUGCCCCUGCAUUGCCACACCUCCACGUCGGCGGUGCUGCGGGACUAUCACCACAAUCCGCUGAUCAGUGGCACCAACUUCCAGCUGUCUCCGGUCUUCGGAGGCUCAGAUGCUGGAGGAGGUGAUUGCGAGACCGGGUCAGUGGUCUCCCUGGAUGACUCCGUGCCACCGGGCCUGACGGCCUGCGAUACGGAUGCCUCCAGCGACAGUGGCAUCGAUGAGAACAGCCUGGUGGACGGGGCAUCGGGGUCACCACGCAAGAGGGUGCCCCUAACUUCAACUUCCACCAGUGAGCAGCAGGCGGAUUCUGCACCACCGCCCUUGGAUGUUACGAUCCGCCCAGUGAUCCCGCAAUCGGCAGAAGAGGAGCUCGAGGGAUGCGAUGGAAGCAGCAGCAACGCACCCAGCAGGAAGACCUCCAUCUCCUUCCUGGACAGCAGCAAUCCCCUGCUCCACACGCCGGCGAUGAUGGACCUGUGCAACGACGACUACAUCAUGGGCGAGGGUGGCUUCGAGUUCAGCGAGAACCAGUUGGAGCAGGUCCUGGGAUGGCCAGAGAUCGCCUAGAACGAGUACCAUCUUUGCAUGCACUGCAUUUGAAAAGGGGGCAUUUUAUUUGGGAAGAUA